AUGACGGACUUUCCAACGCUCGUAUUCGUUCCCGGCGCGUGGCACAGGCCUUCGUGCUAUAGUAAGGUCGUUAAGCUCUUGCAGGAGCAGUAUCAGCUGAGGUGCAGCUUGGUCACACUCCCCUCGACAAGCGGUGACCCGGAAGCAACCUUCAAGCACGAUCUUGAUGCUGCCCGUACGGCUAUAGCUAAUGAAACGGAUCAUGGACGUAAUGUGGUUGUUAUAGCGCAUUCGUACGGCGGCCUCGUUGGCAACAGUGCCAUAAAAGGCUUUGCGAGGCCACGGCCUGACGUCGCAUCAAACUCUCCUGCGACAUCAUCCUCUCCUGAAGCCGCAGGUGAAGUUCAGAGUUCGGUCAGUGGGUACGUAGUGGGCCUCGUACUCAUAGCCUCUGGAUUUACCUUCACGGGGCUAUCAUUCAUGGACCCGUUUCUCGGCAUUCCACCCCCGGCGUGGAAAAUCAACAAAGACACUGGAUUUGCUGAUUUUGUGGUAUCUCCUGGCGAGUUUUUUUAUCAUGAUUUGCCGGCGGAAGAGCGGGAGUAUUGGGUAUCUCAGCUCGCUCCACAGAGCCUUAAGUCACUAUUUGAGGGAGGCGAAUAUACGUAUUCGGGUUGGAAGGAUGUUCCCGCAUGGUAUAUUGGUACUGUUGAAGAUCAAGGUCUGCCCGUAGUGGUCCAACGGAUGAAUGUAGGCAUGGCAAGGGAGAUGGGAGCUACUGUCGAGCAUAGAGAAUUACAGACUAGUCACUCUCCGUUCUUGAGCCAGCCGGAUGAAGUAGCGGAGAUUCUAGUAGAGGCUGUUGAGGACUUUUCAGGCAAGCCAGUGGAAAGAAUCAAGGCAGAAAGACAAGAGAACAAGGUAGUAUCGCCAGCUGCUAGACUAUGGCAGCCUCUAACAUGGUUGAAAUUUGGGUUACCGCUAUUCUUUGGGCACAUAAUCGGAAGGGGCAUUGUUGCUUUUAAUUGGUGCAGGAGACUGUGGAGCGUUGGCCUACGCUAG